AUGGCGACUAAAAUUCCAACGGAAAUAUUAAUUAAAAUUUUAAAAAAUUUUAAAUCAUCUGGUUCAACUCGAGAUUUAUAUUCAUCAUUAUUAGUUAAUCGAUUGUGGUGCAAAGUUACUAUACCUAUACUUUGGGAAUUACCUUUGGGUCAAAACUAUUAUUGGUGGGAUCGUAAGAAGAUGAGGAAGAAUGCAUUAUGUAUUCGAACUUAUAUAUCAUGUAUGGAUACUCAAGCUAGAAAUUUACUUAUUCAAAAUGGGUUUGAUUUAUCAUCAUCACCACCUCAAGCCAUUUUUGAUUAUCCAUCAUUCACUCAUAAAUUAAUAAUAGUUAAUUUAGGUAAUUUUGUUUCUAUUUAUUCACAACAAAUUAUUGGUCCAGAUCAUGGUACCAUUUAUGAAUAUAGGGAUUUAAUUAUUUCAAUUCUCAAGUUACCUGGAGCUCCGGAAGUAUUUAAGAAAUUAGAAAGUUUUACUUCUACAAUAGAAAAGGAUCAUAUUUGUCCAUUAUAUGAAUCAUUAAUAUUAAUUUGUGAUAAUAUUUUAAAUCUGGAAUUGUCUUUGAAUUCAUAUUCUCAAGUGCAAUUAUUACCAAAAUUAAUUAAUGUCCAAAAACGUUUAGAAAAUCUAUCAAUUUUUAGUAAUGGUUAUCUAGAAUGCGAUUGCGAUUCAUUAUUUUGGGCUAUCAUCAGUCAAAAAGAAACAUUAAAGAGUCUUCGUUUAAAAUCAAUAAAUUUAAAUCGUUUUGAGGAGAAUUCAUCACCAAUUGGUCAAUUUAUUUCACUUCAAGAGCUUUCUAUCGUAGGUUGUUCAUUUCAUAAAUCGGUUCGUUUAUCCUUAGCUUCAUCAUUUACUCAAUUGAGUAGUUUUCAUUAUUCUCAUUCGAGAUUGGAAGAUCAGAAGUAUUCUCAAGAAUUUAUUAUAAAAAUUCUCGAAACUGCCAAUAUAAAUUUAAAAAAAAUUUAUCUUGAUUUAUAUCCCAUCACAUUUGAUACAAUUUCGGCAAUUUUAAAUUAUUGCUCAAAGAUUACCGAAUUAACUUUACUAAAUUUAAGUCGUGAACAAGUAAUAACAAUAUUUAAAAAUAAUUUUAAUGAGUUAAAAAGAUUUUCAACUGAUUGUGGGAUAAAAAUAUUUGACACUGAAUUAUUAUGUCAAAUGGCCGAGAAUGUAAUAGAAUCACUUGAAACUAUUGAAAUUAUAAUGGUUUAUCCGGUUUAUCCACGGACAUUUAAUACUAAUGGUUUUGAUAGUUUAAGAAAAUUUUUUGAAGGGUGGUGUUGUAAAGGAGGGGGAAAUAAAAAUGUUAUUGUAAAACGUCAAGGGAAACGACUGUUUACAUUAAGUGAUGAUGAAGAACACAGGUCAAUGGUAUAUAAAAUUUAUGGAAUAUUUGAUAUAGUUUUAUAUGAUCCGGUUAAGAUUGGCACUAGAUCUCUUAGUCAUUUAUUAAUGACACUCGGGUUAGAGUUUUCUAAAUCAGCGACUGACUCAAAAUGA